AUGCCGGCCGGAAGCUCUAGACUUCCUUCCAUUAGCGUUAAGCCUCGCAUGGGGAAACGCAAGGAGAAGGUCCAAAUAUGGAGCGCAGUUGCGCUGCAGCAACACUUUUCGCGUGGGGCGAUGCUGAAUAGUGUGCUUCCAACAUUAGAGGAGGUGCCGCCGCCACUCCCUGGCGGCCGGCAGACGCUGGCACAGAAAAUGGGGCUGGUUCCACUGCCGCCGCCUGCCCCUACCGAAGAGGAGUGGACGACAAUUGAGGGAACUGCAUUGCGCCGCAAUGCUGCGAUGCCGCUUGGAGCCAAUGCUUGUUGCAUCUGUCAGGAACCUUUUUACGCCACAAUGGAGCAGGGGCAGGUGCUGCUACGCUGCUCACACGUCUUUCAUGAGCAAUGCUUUCGCCGCUUUGAGAAGCUUGCGAGGAUGUCACGUGGCAAGUGGGAUGCGAUGCCGCUUUGCUGCCCUGUUUGCCGAAGCAGCCAUUACCAUAAGCGCAUUUUCUACGCGGGUAAGGCAAUGGCACAGCGGGCUGCAAUAGUAAAGAUUCAAGCCUUUUUUCGACGCGUUUUGGCACGAAAGGCGUACGUGAAACUGCGACUGGAGAGUGACAGCAAGUUUUCUGGCGAGUAUGCCCGGGAGCGUCUUGCGCGGUUGUCUGACGCGUAUGCCGCGUACGCUGAGAGUCGUGAACGGGAGCGUGCCAACAUGCUAGACAACAUCGAGCUUCGCCUACAGCGCGCGCUUGCGCAGUACACAACAAGAGAAGAGUGGAAUGAGCUUCGUGAGCGGGCGGAGGCGGGAGGUGUUUUGGAUUGCCCCAUCUGUUUCGGCGUCAUUGAGCGUAACCCGCAUGCCCACGACGUUCAAAAGGACGUCACGGGGGAAGAUGUUGUUGCGGCUUUUCGAAAAGAAUACGAUGCCCGCAUGGCCCAGCGACGUGCCUCAGAAAGUAGAAAGAAAGGGCCACCGCAAUUGACGGGGAAGCGUAGCAGUUGCGUCACUAUAAAAGCCCCCCCGAUGUCGACUCAGGCGCAUCCAACCAGAUCUGUAGCACGUCGUUCUCGGCAAGCAAAUCCGCUGAGUACAGUCGGCAACACUUGUGAAGGAUGUGGUCAGUCACCAGUAAAGGUCCCGGAGGGGUCGCGUUAUGGUCUUUUAUUGAGUUGUGGGCACUGCUUCCACGAUACAUGCCUCUCGGUGUUUGAGCGCUACACGGAGAUGAGGGCGGUGGAGCACAGUGAUGCCGCACUCAUUCCUCGUUGUCCACUUUGCCGUUCGGCCUAUGUGAAGAUGGAUUAUUAG